AUAUUAUGAUUUCGCUUGAAGCUUAAACACAUCUUUUCGUAACACUAAGUCAAGAACCAACAAAAGAAAUGGAUCCGAAAGAGCUGCCGGCCAACAUAAAAGACGACAAGAUAAGCGAAGAAACCAAGAAGUUAAUCUCUUCGCUUCCUUCACACACAGAUUCCCAAGGGAAGAAUAUCUGUCAAUAUCAAGGAUGUUGGUAUUAUUACAACACCCUCCAAGGCGUUCUUAAUUUCCAGAGAGGUUUUCAACCGCAAGACACGGAUAUUAUCCUUGCUUCUUACCCAAAAUCAGGUACUACUUGGCUCAAGGCCCUCACUGUCGCCCUCCUUGAGAGGUCAAAAAGCCAUUCUUCUUAUGAUGAUCAUCCUCUACUAUAUGAUAAUCCUCAUGGCAUUGUACCAUUCUUGGAGACCGACCAGUGCUCAAGUUCUAACUUAGCCAAGUUCUCGGCAUCUCGGAGGCUGCUCUCGACACACAUGCCACUGCACGCGAUGCACGAAACUCUCAAGCACUCUUCUUGCAAGAUUGUGUACGUGUGCAGGGACGUGAAGGACACAUUGAUCUCGUGGUGGUUUUUCGGCUGUGCUGUUCAUAAAAUAGAACCAACCAGAAGCCUUCUCGAGUCUAUGUUAGAAAGAUUCUGCAACGGAACUAUCUUUUAUGGACCUUUUUGGGAACAUCUCUUGGGCUAUUGGAGAAGAAGCUUGGAAGACCCCAAGCAUGUCCUUUUCAUGAGGUAUGAGGAAAUGAAAGCAGAGCCUCAUGAACAGAUCAAGAGACUUGCCGACUUCUUGGGUUUUCCUUUUACUAAGCAAGAAGAAGAUAUUGGAGUUGUGGACAAGAUCUUGGACCUUUGCUCUCUACGUAAUCUGAGCAGUUUGGAGGUUAACAAAACGGGAAAAAGAAACAACUUGAAUAACAAGGAUUAUUUCCGUAAAGGGGAAGUCGGUGACUCGAAGAAUUAUCUUACGCCUGAAAUGGAGAAAAAGAUAGACAUGAUCAUCCAAGAAAAAUUGCAAGGCUCUGGUUUGAAAUUCUAGAGUUGUAUGGUUUGUGUUUCCUUUGAUGCAGAAUAAAAAGAGAGUAGCUCCCGGUUUAAUGUUCCUUAAUAAUUUGUUAACUUCAGUGCCAUCCCUUUUAAGAAAAAAAAUACUCUUUAUCCAGUGAAACACAAUUUUCUGUUGCUUUUAA